CGCACACCGUACACACGACCGGCAUCGUCGUCACGGCGGUGGGGCACCCCGCCAUUUCUAUAAAACACCGCUGCACCAGGCCUCCGUUCAGUACUUCCAAGCUAGGUCAAACCACGUGAAAGUGUCUGGCAGUAGCAACAAAAACACUUCGUGUGACCUAUUUUCACACGUCGUUUCUCGUGCCCAAGACUGACUUCGUUUUUAAGUGAUAUAUAUUUGUGAUACUAGUUCUAAGUUUUUAUUUCGGGAAAUUUAAUCGAAAAGAUGCCGUCCCCACAUCAGGAAAUCGCUUCUGAACUGCAGGAAGUUGGAGAAUUAAUAUCUUCGUCAAAAUUAAUGGAAACUAGAGACAGUAUUUCUUCUAUAGACAGCGACGUCUCCUUAUCCUUCGACAAAAAACAAGUUGAAAAUUGCACGGAAGAUGAAGGUGCUCAUAUGGCCGAUUUAAGUGACAGUUCUUCUGAUACUGGCUCGCAUGGAGGGGGUAAGGAUUCCGGAUGUGAGGUUACUCCUGAAGUCACUGAACCCCCAUUUACAGCCCCCUCUGAGGAAUUAUCGGAUAAAAUUGUUCAACAAGUCGAGUUUUACUUCUCAGAUGCCAACAUUACUAAAGAUGCCUUUUUGCUCAAACAUGUCAAAAGAAAUAAAGAAGGGUAUGUUUCUCUCAAACUAAUUUCUAGUUUUAAAAGGGUUAAACAUCUGACUAAAGACUGGAGGGUAGUAGCGCACGCGUUGGCUAGAUCCUCGAAGUUAGAAAUUAAUGAAGCUGGCACAAAGCUUAGACGAUUAGAAGCAUUGCCUAAAUACGACGAAACUACCCCAUCCAGAACCGUAGUAGCUGUUCACAUGCCCAUAGAAAAACCAACAAUCGAGAACGUUGCGGAAUUAUUCAGAUCUUGUGGAGAAAUUGCUUUAAUCAGAAUUCUAAGACCAGGCAAUCCAAUACCCGCAGAUGUUAGACAAUUCAUCAACAAAAAUCCUUCUCUAUCCGGCAUGGUAUGUGCUUUAGUAGAGUUUGUUCAUUCCGAAUCAGCUAGAAAUGCUAUACAAAUGCAAGCUACCCUUGGAGAACCACUUAAAGUUUACGAACUGAACAACGUGCCCCAUCCUGAAAGGAAAAAGAAGCCUGCUAGCAAAAAGAGCACUAACUCGAAUAACAAUAUUAAUAGUAGCAACAACAAAAUUAUCUCAGAUUCUGAUUAUAUCUCCUCAUCAUGUCAGAGCAGUUCGGAAGCUGAAGAUCUAAAGAAAUUUGAUCCCAGAGGUAAAAUGCGCCGUGGUUCCUCUUCCAACUAUCCCUCAAGAUACAUCGAACCAGCUGCAUGGCUCCAAAGACGACUUAGCGCUUCCAGUACAGAAGCAAACUUCUUGUACAUGCCAAGAAGAUUAUCAAACAGCAGUAGAGACUCUAGCGAAUCGUCGUUGUUCGUGCCAAGAAGGAUGAGCGCAUGCAGUAUGUCCAGCAAUAACGAUAAUUUUGUUAGAAGAAUGUCUUCGUCAUCAGAAUACAGCAAUCCGCGUUCCAGGAGUAAUAGUUCAGCAUUCCAGAAUGGUGAAAACGUACUAAGGAUGCCAAAAGGACCCGAUGGAAGUCGUGGGUUUAGACAAAGACUACCUACAGUAGCACAAUAAAUUAGGAACCCUGGCGGUUCUAAUAAUUUGCAAGAGUGAAGAAGCAUGAUAGAGAGGUAUAAUAUUGAAAGACAGUUAUUCCAUCUGCAAUUGUUUACUACUGAGAAAUCAUUUCUUUCUGCCUUAAAGUAAUUAUUCUCAAUAUUGUAUCUGGGAGUGUUAGUUUCUCUUUAAUCUUCAUUUCCCACUUAAAUUUUCUUGACGAUUCGUUAGUUUCUACUUUGAUUCAGACGUGAGAUUUUUAUUAUGCAUACUCAUUUGUAUAUAAAAUACUUAAACUGAAUAUCCAAUUAUCAAACUACUACGAGGUAGAUUUAUGUUUCCUAUCACAUAAAAAAUAUUUUAUAAUUACAAUCAACAAAUUAAUCUCGAACAACUUUCACCCAAGUUUAAGAAAACGUAUGACAUGCUUGGGUGAACACACGUCGUAAAGCAGUAAAAAACCACAAGAAAGUAAAUUCCAUAUUAAUAUGUCUAAUGGGUAAAGAAAGACAAAAAUUUAACAAUAUACUUUCGAUAAUUGUUGUAUAUUGGUACAAGUAAGUACCUAAUAAAAAACAUCUGCGCCUAGGUAACUCAAUCAGAUAAAAAUAGAACCUAUUAAUCAAAUUAGUAAUUGUUGUUAUUAAAUUAAAUAAAUGCCUACCUCACUGUAAAAUAAUUUCGUAUUUAAAUGCCUGGCAGCAACAAGAAUAGCACAUUUACUAGGUAUUUAAUUAAAAAAAGAAGGUUAACCUGACAUGAAACCGGAAAUACACAUAUAAGGUCAGUUUUACAGGAAGAAGAAUAUGUAACCUAUAAAUAUCAAGGCAUUCGUGAUUUAUAUUUAUGGUAGUCGGUAGAAGUCAUAGCCUUGGGGAGAACAACUGUCCAUAACUCUUUUACAUACUAAUAUUAAUUAUCUAUUAAUAUUGAUAAUUUCUUUAUUGUCUUUAUUGAAAAAAUUACUUUUUUAUUAUAUAUAGGUAACUAACGACAAUUUGAUCGGUAUGGUAAUCGGAUCCAAUAUAAAUAAAUUCUGUUCGUGUUUGAAUUAAAUGUUCAGUAAACUUUUUAUUAUCAAUAUUUAACAAGUGCCUCCGCAACAGCAAUUAACAAUAAAUGUCAGAACUGGUCAUACCACUCCAGUAGAAAAUUAGAAAGAAACUUAACGGUCUUCUUCUUUUCUUCUUCUUAAAUCAGGAGAGAGUUAGAAACAGGUCGUAAGACCUUUUUACUAUACUCUGUUUUUUCCUUAAACUCUAAUCAGUCCUGUGACCUCAACGAAGACCAACAGUUUUCUUAUUGGUAGUUUUCGGAUCUCUUCUGGUUCAAACCUCAGUUGACCAGUGAAUUUCUGCCUCACGUCAAUUAGCACAUUGGAAUGGCAUCUCUACUUUCAUUUCGCACUUUUUGGGCAAUGGUUCAUUCACCUUACCUAGAUUGUAUAGGUGGUUUCUUAAACGGCAAUGUUCAGUCACCAUUUUAGUGGCCGAUUUAAUCUCUCGUUUAUUGAGGUGGAUCAAAUUGUUAGAGUUUUUUACCAAUAUUCUUGAUUAUUUUUUAGUCUUGAUUUGCCCUUGCGUGGUUCUCCAUUUCUUUUGAUGAUUCUUUAUCAGCCAUUUCUGAACCUCAUUUUCCGUAGCAACUUUAGCGAUGCCACAGAAAGGUUCUGGGCCUUGUUUCUCUCGAGUACUUCUGUUUAUUCCCAUGCACCCCUUCAUAACCCGGAACCUAUAUUAAAGACACUUUAUUGUCUUCUAUGAUGGUAAAACGAUAUGAAAGACUUCAAAAGUAAUACAAAGUCUAGAUUAACUUUUAAACAGGUAAAAAAAGAUCAGAGUCAACCAAAAAAAAAGUUGGCUUGCUAUUAUAACUUCUAUAAAACUAUCGUACGCCAAUGGCCGAAACAUUUCCCAUUCUUAGCGACUGAACUAGAGAUAUCUAGCUGUCACCCAUAUAUAGUUUGACUUUCACGAUGUCUUGCAUUAUAAAUUUACUGGGAAAAGAAUAUAAUUUCACUUUUAUCUAUGAAAACACUUUUAUUGGCAAUAAAGCCAAAGAAACGCUUUAAUGGAUUAGAAUUAAAUGAGCUAUCGACCUGUUAGUAGGACUAAGAACUUGCAUCCAUUUAAAUGCUAUAAUCCUUCUUCCACGCGAACAGAAAAUAAGGUUUCUUUAGGAUUACAAUUUUUAAGUGUGACAUUUAAUUUAAUAUUUACUUUAUUCCAUAAAAUGCUUAGAGCUUCAGAGAUUGUCUCACAGGCCAAAUGAAAUGUCAAUGAAAAUUGACAUGUGACAGAACAUAGAACACUUAAACAAAAAUACAGAAAAUAAUGAAAAUGAUAGUACUGUCAUUGAAGUACAUUCAAAUCGAAAGGUUACCAGAGAAAAUCUUGAACGUGUCUAUUCAGAUCGAGAAGACAGUACCCGACAUUAGACCACUAGAUGAAAGAAAAAUAUAGAAAUCAAAUAAAAGUUACUGCUUACAAGGAUAUCAUUAUCUAUCGAUUAUAUUAUGCAGACUUAUUUAACAAAAAUCGAUAACAAUUCAUAGAUAUAUAUGUUAAUACUUAUAAUCAUAAUUUAUGUAUUUAGCAUAAUAUGCAUAAUAUAUAAUAUGCAUAUGCGUAUAUAAGGAUAAUGAGAAUAUUAUUCUCAUUAUCCUUAUAUACUUACGCAUUUUAAAAUUUAAAUACCCCACCUCGCACGCCCGAAUUUAUCUGAAUUAUUUACUUAACGGGCGAUACAAAAACAUUGAACUGUUAACGCAAGGUUAACUUACCUGCAGAAAAUAAAAAUGGAGUAAAAAAAAGAUGAUUCACUUAAUGUAAUAUACCUACUACUACGAGAAAUAAGCCGGCCUUGAUCAUACAUGGAUUGUAAGUGAGAAGUAAGGUACGAACUACUUACAGAACCGGCUUUCACUUUAAUAUUGUUCGAGGAUAUGUUGUAGAACUAACGGUAUAGAUACUUUAUUCUUGAGCCGAAACCUGUUUAGUUGAUCCUAUUGAAAAAAUGGCCCACAAAACUGACCAUACUAAUGAAUACAACUCUUAUUGAAAAUGAAAGGCAGAAUUUACAAAACAGUUAACAGAUUAAUAAUGACAUACGCGGCAGAAACAUGACCUAACACAAUAUUAAAAAGAAUGUUAGAAAGAGCAGAGAUCAAAACCCAUCGAAAAAUCGAUGUUAAGACACUAUGAAACAGAGCUAGAAGUAUAAAUAUACGACGGAUAUGCAAGGUGGAGAGCAUAAAAGACUGGGUAAGAAAUAGAGGACUAGAAUGAAACGAUCACAUAAGCUGAAUGACAACAAAUAGAAAAUUUCCCAAUAGAAAGACGAUCAGGGGGUAGACCACGAAAACGAUGGGACGACAACUUACUGAAAGCACAUUGAAAACCAGUCACCUCAACAGAAAAAGAAGAAGAACCUCAUAAGUUGUCGAUUUCUGAUAUUAAGAAGACAUUUAUACAGUAGGGAAACUAGUGAAAUUCUAUGUUUGAUCAUAAAAAAAUAUAUUUUUGUUUCCCUGAAUACGGUGCUGUAAUUACCAUUCACAAAAAGCCAACUUCUAGUGUAAUAUAUGGUAAAAAUUCUUGAACACUACCUUGAAUCAAUUCGUAACAUUGAUUUUAUGUAAUUAGUUGCACUGUAUAAGGUUCUAUAUUUAAAGUUAGCCUUUCGAAUAUGUAUUAAUGAAAUCGACUAAUUUUAUGGAAGCUGCAAUAAUUGAACUGAAUGUUUUAUCGUGCACGAAAUUUCGAAUACGUGUUUAACACUCUAAAUUGUUUUAUAUUGAUAUUUCUACCGCAUUGUUUUGUAGAUUUUAUUAAUCUUUACAUUAGAUCCUCUAAUUCUAGACUAUAUUAUCUAGCCUUACUUUCUUUAAAAAUUCUACUAGCUUCGAGACUGAACCUUCCAUGUAAAGAUCCUUCGCCUGAUGUAAAGAACCACACAUUUGCCAGGCAGUCGCACCCACGCAAAAUGUGCACUGUUUCUUUCUCUGGGAGACAGAUUCUGCAUAGGUCAUCAUCUGCCAAUCUUAUCAGCUUCAACUGUCUAUUCAGAUUGCAGUGGCCUGUUAGCAGACCUACUAUGGCUUUGACUGUUUUCCUGCCUGCUUAUUAGGUCUGCUGUAAUUUUUGGCGAAUGUUCUAUAAUGAACUAAUUCGCCUGUCUUUGUCCUGGUGAAUUCCUUUACCAUUCCAGUGAUUUGUGAGCUACUCACUUUCUUGUUACUGCCUUUGCAACGCUGCAGAACGGUUCCGGUCCAAUGAAUAGUAUAAUGAGCCUUGUUUGGCCAUUUCAACUGCUUUUUCAUUGCCUUUAUGACCCUCGUGCCUUACUAGGCAAUCUCAUACUAACUUAUAAUUGACCUCUGCAGACUAGAGUGUCUGAAGCGCUGCCUGGCUAUCUGGGAAGAUGGCAAUUGUACAUUACGUUCUUUUCUGCCUUUCAAUUUGCUUUAAUCUUUACUUUAGUUGCUAUCGUUUUGUUGUCUUCUUCUGCUUUAUCUUUUAAUGCUUCUUUUCUAUUUCUUGUUUAUUCCUUUGUAUUUACACCAUAUCACUUCUGUUGUUAGUGAAGUAUCGUCGACUUUUCAAAUGUCUUUACAAGAUUCGGGGUCAUCAGUGCCUAUUAUCGGUAGGUACUUUACUUUUUCAGUUUUUUUUCUUUUUAUUCGCAAAGUACCAACCAACCGACGCACUUCCUGGUUUAUUGUGCUGAUACUAAUGUUAAAGCGCUUAAGGUGUUGCGCAAACAAAUUUUCUAAUUGCUUUUAAAAUUGGACUAUUUCAUACAAUAUUUUGUAUAUUAUAGCUGCAACAAUUUUAAUGACGACGCCGUUUGCAAUUGUGAAAUCCGUACGAAAUUGACCGCUACUAAUAAAGCAAUUUAGCAUUUCAGAAGGUUUUUCUACAAUUUUCGGAUUUAAAAAGCGUAACGGAUUCGACUAGAAUAGAAUUAAUCUCUCUCUCUCUCUCUACCGUUCUAACGGAGAAAUUUAACUUUUUUUAAUAUUGAUAUCCGACGACGAUGUAAAACUUUCGGAGAAAGUUGAAGCGUUAGAAAAGUAGGCCGUGUACUGAAUGCAUUCACGUUCAACCAGUGGCGCCUCGUCAAGAAUUAUACAUUCGACUAAAUAAACAAUACUUCAAUUUAACUCAAUAAUAUGCUAAUUUUUAAUUUUUUUUUCAAAUUUCAAAAUUUUACUUAUACAUUUGUAAUCCUGUGCUUAAUAAGGAAAUAUUCAUGAAAUUAAUUUACAACUUUUUAUUUUUGAAUUACGACCCGAUCUAUAAAUAAGACACUCUACGUUAGGGUUAUCAUAAUUGCAAUUAUGUAGAGUUCAAAACAGUUAUGAGAAUUAAAUUUUUUAUUUGCAUGUAAUAAAAACAAACUUAUUUUUUAUGAUAAUAUAUAAAACAAUAUUACACAAUGUUUGUACAGUACAAUACAGUACAUUUUACACAAUAUGUUGGUGUCUGGCUUUACAAUUUGUUCCUUGACAUCGUCUCUGCCUUGAAAUUUUCCAUGAAGUGUCCUUUUCCAUCUAAUCUUACUACUACUACUAUCGGUUUACAGCGUUCUCCGAUGGCUUCCAAGACCAAACCGCCAUUUUUCUCUGUUUAAUCACAGACCUGGAGGGAUUUCUCUUUCCUCUAGUUCUUUUUCAAUUCCCUCUCUCCAGUUUCUUCUAGGCAGUCCUCUUUUCCUUCUCCUUUGUGGUGUCCACGCCAAAAUCUGUUUUGGAUCCUGUCAUCUGGCAUCCUCUGUACAUGGCCAUCUAAUCUUACGUCCAUAAAAACUUUUGAUAAUGAUGUACUAGAUCUUCCUACUAUACUUCUUGUACUAAGAGUCAAUUGUAGAUAUGAAACUGCUACAGAUCGACGAAAGUCUAAUAAAGUAAUAUUUGACUUAUUGACUCGUUUGUAGAGAAGCCAUGAAUUUACUAAUGCCAUAUCAAUAAAUCGUGUGAAUAUUAGCCAAUAACACUUCUUGGCUCUGAUUUUAGUGGCAUAUUUUCCAACAAACCAGUCGUGUUGAUCCAUGGCUCCUAUGUUUCUAGUAAAUAAUCAUCAGAUUCAUCUUCACCUGUUACAUGAUCAGGUUCCGGCGGUCGCAUUAUUACAUCAAGCUCUUCAGCAUUCAUAAAAUUAGGAUCAUUUAUUACACAUAUCUUCUAAUUCUUGUACAGAUAAUGCUUUUUGACACAUCUGCAAAGAACAUAAAUAUGUAGACUAAUAGCAAAAAUAUUUCAUUCUUUUAUUUUUACAUUUAUUAUCCAAAAUAAUAUUUGUUAAAAUAUUAGUUAAUUACUGUGAAAUAAUUUCUCCCAAAUAUGAUUAAAUAUAAAACUUUUUAAGAAAUCGUAAUAAACUAAUGUGACAUUUUAAAAACUCCAAAGAUUUCUGCACUUAGUUAUAUAGAACUCUAUACUGAAAUGUAACAUAUUUUGUUAUCAGUAAAAACUAGUGACCUAUUUAUAGGACAGUAAAAUAAACUUUAUACUGAUGAUUCAACAAUUCAUAUUUUCUAGAUUUAUUUAUGAAUAUUGGUUAUAUAAUUAACAUUACACAACAAUAAUAAUCCAUUGAAAGAAUAAAAAGUGCCGAUAUGAAACUGAUUGGUGCAAAGUAUCAUGAGUCGGUCCAAAACUGAGAUAAAUUUGCAAUUCCCUCGUAUCUCAAGAAAAAAUUUGCAUUUAUGCUCGAAACUCAGACUCAAUUAGGAAUGUUUAUAUUAAAAUGAAUAUGCAUAAUGAAGGUAGCUUUCUAUUUAACAUCAGAUUUAUGUUUUAUGACUAAUACUUUCUUUAUAGUUACGUCUAUUUAUAUUUUCUACAGAUAGGUGUGCUUGAAUUCAUUUUGUUUUAAAAAUGAUUUAAACGAUAAUCUACCCUUAUGUAUAAAACGUUUUUAUAUUGGUAGAAAGUCUUCCUAAUUUUAAAUAUUGUAUAUAACUUAAUUUAUUACCAAUUUUAGUUUGUAAGUUGAAAAAUUCUUUAAUGUUUCUGAAAUAUUUUGUAAUUGUGAGAAUUAGGUUUUCUUUAUUUUUCAGCUACAUUAUAAAAUGUAUUUUGAUCAAUAUUUAUUGUCUCAAAUUCUGGAACUGUUCGAAAAAAUAAAAAUUAUUUGUUUUA